GUAAUCUAUUUACUUAGGUCAACAGAACCAGACCAUAGCUUUAUCAGUAAGACUCGCUUACAAAACUUUGACAAACUGUGUUCCAACAUUUCCAUCAAAUAUCAAGACAGGUUUGGAUGUGAAACUUAAGACAGAUCUUCCGAACCUAUGGCCAAUGGGGGCAGGAAUGACUUGGUGUGGUAGUCAGUGUAUAUGGGAUGCCAUUUGUCGGGGAACUUCUACAUAUAUAGACGUUACUUUUACAUUACAUGUACCAAAAUUAUUAGCAAGCAUAGAUAGAAAUGGAAAAACAUACCAAAUAAGAGAAGCUCUAUUUAUGUUCAUACUACAGGAAAAUGGUCUAAAUUUUAACAAUGUUGCAGGUGCACAGCUGGAGAGGGAUUCAGUUACCAUAGAUGUAAGUUCAUCCUGUCCUGCUGGCUACGUGGUUGUUAGUGAAAAAUGUGUUGAGUGUGGAAAAGGAACAUAUAGAAAUGACACAACAAUGACGUGUGAGUUUUGUGCCAUUGGAUCUUACCAAACUAAUGUAGGACGAACAGUUUGCGAAUUGUGUGAAUCAUCUAAAACAACACUAAACUUUGGUUCAUAUUCAUCUACUGAUUGUAUUGAUAACUGUCCACCAGGUCAGUAUUAUGUUCCAAGUGCGUCUGGUUGUGCCCCUUGUGAAAGACAUUACUAUCAACACAUGAGUGGACAGGACUUUUGUUAUACAUGCCCACAUGGAACGAUAACUAGCGAACAAGGAUCAAACUCCUCAGAUAGCUGUUAUCAUAAGAAUGCUGAAGAAGGGUCUGUACCAAAUAACUCAGAUUCUGGGGAGAUAUCCGCAGACAGUGUAAAUAUAGGAUUAAUUAUCGGACUGUCUAUUGGAUUGGUACUGUUAUUGUGUAUUGUUAUAUCAGUCGUCAUUGUGUAUAAAAGAUUGACAACUGAUCAUGACUAUUCAGUGCCAAUUGAUAAAAACCGAAACCAAGUCCAAUCACACGAGCACCAUUACGAUGAAAUGAAUAACAGAGGUCAACAGUACCUGAAUGUUGGUAGUGUUCCGCACAAUCAUGGUGAAUCAAACAAUGGAUACGAGAACGCUGAUGAUAACUAUGCUACAAUUACUGAAAUACUCUCUGGGAAUUCAAGUUCAAAUAAUGAUUACUUUGAAUUGUAUGAAAAACCAACGGAGACAGAAAAUAUAUAGAGUAAAACAAAAUUAGUUAAAAUAUAUUUAUCAUGUUGUGUAUCAAAAUAUUUGCGUAAUAGCACGGACAAUGAAUAAAUAGUUUGCCAUAUGUUUAAACAGCAAAUGUAUAAUAUUUGAAAAACAUAUUUUAUAAGGAAAAGGAUAAACUAAUGCCGCCAAUGCUUUAUAGUAACUACAUGUACGUAAUGUUAAAAAAAGCGUUAAAAAAUUAAAAGAAAAUGAAUAUCGGAAUUAUGAAAUAUAUAAAUAUCAUUUG